CUAUACCUAAAUUGCAUAUGAGUACAAUGAGACAACUUCACGUGGGAUAUACUAUGUACAUAAGGUAAUCAUCACCGCGUGGAGCAGACGCUGGUAAAACCUGACAGAAUGAGUACCCUUUCCCUGCAAUAGACCAUACCUUUGCACUUCCGUUGCUCGACACCAAAUCGAGGCUAUGGAGGAAAAUGGCGACUGCUACUGAGGGUGAAGUUGUAGAAAUGACAUCUCGUUGUAUAUUGUGAUGUGUAAGCACCAACAGUUAAGAAGAAUAUACUUAUUCCACGCAAAGGUACUAUGGCUGGAUUUUACAACUUGGAAAACCGUGAGGUGAUUCGUGUCAAAGUGAAGAAGUGCGAUGGCAUGUUGCAGCCUGAGUAUAAGAAGUUUUCAGUGGAUCCGCAAAUUACAUCAUUUGAGAUGCUGCAGGGAAUACUUGCCAGAGCCUUUGAUAUCAAGGGUGACUUCACAGUGGGCUAUCUUGCACCCGACUCAGAAGGCCAGGAGGUGUACCUGAGCAUGCUGUCUGACUGGGAUAUGGAUGCUGCCUUUCAGUGUGCCUCGGAUCCCUAUCUCAAGCUCAAAGUAGACCUGAAGCCAUUUGAAGAUGGUUUGGAUGAUUGGGAUGUGAUUGCUCCAGCUGACAUUCCACAACAUAAGGUAACCAACAUCCUAGACAAGGCAUCCCUUCUUGGUGCCAUCACUGGAACAAUCACCUCCCAGGUUGGCAAGACCAUGACCUCUGUACAGAGAGCUAUGGGCCUCAAGCAGACUGAUGAGGAGUUGUAUCGCCCAGUGAAACCACCAAUGUCUGACAUGGAGUUCCACAACUACCUGGACUCAGGAGGGUUCAUGAUAAAACCGCAGGAGUUUAGACUCAGCAUCUACCAGGGCGGCAUUGAACCAUCAUUGAGGCGGGUCACUUGGAGACACUUACUAAAUAUAUUUCCAGCUAAUUUAUCAGGCAAGGAACGCUUUGAUUAUCUGAAAGGUAGGGAGCGUGAAUAUUACCGCCUGCGAGAUGAGUGGAAAGAGAGAUUCAGUACAAACACUGCUACUGAGGAGGUGAAGUAUGUAGCAUCAAUGGUGAAGAAAGAUGUGCUACGAACAGAUAGAACACACAAGUUUUAUGCAGGUGGUGAUGAAAAUAAGAACAUUCUGAGUUUAUUUCACAUUCUGGUAACUUAUUCCUUGACACAUCCAGAUGUGUCUUAUUGUCAAGGCAUGAGUGAUAUAGCCUCUCCCAUCCUGGUUACUCAGAAGGAUGAAGCUCAGGCUUAUCUAUGUUUUUGUGGUCUGAUGAAACGGCUCAAAGCGAACUUUCUGCCCAGUGGUGCUACGAUCAUGACAAAGUUCAGUCACCUUGCCCAUCUGCUUCAACUUCAUGAUCCAGACUACUUCUCGUACCUACAGAACAUUGCUGCUGGUGACCUAUUCUUCUGCUACCGCUGGCUUCUCCUAGAGCUUAAGCGUGAGUUUCCCCUUGAUGAUGCUCUGUACAUGUUGGAGGUAAUGCUCAGCACCCUGCCACCUGACCCACCCCAACAUUCACUCGAUCUCACUGAUGAAGGCUUCAAUUUUAAGUAUCUUUCCACCUCCCCAUGCUCUCCAUCAUUUUCUUUUCAACAAACUGUCUAUGCCAAGCUGCUAGCCAUGCGCCGCCAAGGGUCUUCUAUUCGGAGUAAUGGUGGAAGUGUUCCUAAUGAACUCAUACCAGGAAACUCUGCUAACAACAAUAGUGUUUCAACAUUUGAUGCAUCACCAAUAGAUGAGAGAAAAGAAAUAACACAAGACUACCCUCGUUUGGAUGAUCCUGAUACCCGUGCAAUGCAGCGUCGUUCCACCUCUAUAGACCGACACCUUGAAGACACAGCUGUGACAAAGGAAUCUAGAUCCGGUGACAAUGAUGAUGGCCAGUGUGCCAGUGGCAGUGUGGACAGUAGUGAACUGAAUGGCAUGAGAGGUGAUCGUGCAGAUGCUUCCUGUGAAUGUGAAGACGAUUUCAAUGGUAGCUCUAAUGACAGUGGUACAGGCGCUACUCCAUCAGAUGCCAGUAUUGUGGAAGAGAAUUUUGCUGAAGUGGAGGAUGUUUCACAGGAUGCUGACAAAGCAGAUGAUGCUGACCAACAGAUGCAAUUCCAUCUUUCAUUGGAGAACAAACCAGAAACACCAGUAAACACCGAGGAAAAGCAGACACGUACCUCUUUCUUUGGAAACAUGAAGAAACUGAUAUCAUCACCUAAGCGAAGACCAGCCAAUAUUACAAUUCCUAAGGAAAUAUCUAGUCAUUCAGAAGGUGAAGCCAACACUAAGGCUGAUGAUGUAUCUUCAGCAAAGGGUGGGGAACAGUCCCAGAGCAGUGAGUCAGGAGAUGGAGAAUCAUCAAUGAGUUCCAACAACAUACUCUCAGCCUCAAAAAAUUGCUCAGAAGUUGCCACCUCCCCAUGAAUUUGGCUGUGGUAACCCAUUCCUUAUGUUCCUGUGUUUAACACUACUCCUACAACAUCGAAAUCACAUUAUGCGCAAUAAACUAGACUACGAGGAAGUGGCCAUGCACUUUGACCGAAUGGUGAGACGUCACAGUGUACAUAAAGUGCUGCAUACUGCUCGUCAGUUGUACUCUGAGUAUCUCCGCACACAGCAGAUGUUGUCCGAGAAGGAUGCAGAUGACUCAGGACUUAGUGUGUGAGGAGAUGAGUAACUCUGAAGUUACAUAUGAACAAGGCAGAUGCCUUAUGAUCUGUGGAUCAUCAUGGACCGUGUAUUCACUAUGUUGGACCAAUACUUAAGUUAUUACAACAUUCACGGGUGUUUUUAUCUAGUCAUCAUAUUUAACAAUGUGCAGAUAAUCAUUUUGAACUUUCUCCAGCAGUAUUGUGCUAAUUAUCAACGUGCAUGAUCAUUCCCGGAAGGUGAAAUUCUCCACACAAUUAUUCUCUGGCAUUCUCACAAGUCUCUUGUAUGCGUCAUCAUGUAUUAGUGAGUGGAUGUGUUUUCAGCACAAAGAUCAUUUUAUGUCUGUAAAUAACAGUUAUGGAAACAGUUUGUUUGGAUAGAGAACUAUGCUGCUCUUAGUGCUUGCCUAUUGCACUGUAGUGUGUUGGGGUCAAACAGACUUUAAAUACAUCGUUAUAUAUAUAUAUAUGUGUGUAUGUAAAAUUUAAGUGUGAUCUUUAGUUUUCUGUGAUAUUUUCAAGAAUGAUUGUGUUGUCAAAGGAUCAGUUUUCCCGAAGCAAUCAUUAUUGUGAUUAAUUUAUGUAAACUUUUCAAGAAAAUACUGUGUCAGCUUUGAAACCAAAGUUGCAAAACUACAAGUCAUAAAUGUACAUCUUUGGCUGUGGCUGUGCUCAAAUCAUGGUGUUGCCAUACUAAAUGGUUAUUGCUAGCAGUUGGGUGCAGGUGUUGUUUGGGAUCUUGAUUUGAGGUUAUGGUUGUAGUCUUGACAAAUAUGUAUCAAAGCAAGAUGCUGUGUCUCAAAUCUGACACAAAUUGUACCGAUGUCAUGCAAAUGUCAGUAUUAGUCAGGUGCUGCCUGAAAUAUUAUAAGGAAUGUUAAAGAUGAUUGUCUCCUGGGGUGACCCUUGAAAGUGUCGUCUAUAUCAGCAUGAUUAGUGCUAAGCUGAAUGGUUCAAUUAUUAUGUCAUAAGCUCUCAAGGGAAUGCUUUGGCCUUGCGUGUGCUGUCUUGUCAUUUUGUUCUCGUCUACUGAAAAAUGACUCUUUGUAACCAUUUGAUUUGACCUGAUUCAUACUGGUCUAAAGAAACAAAAUCACAUAUAAUUUAAGUACAAUUUGUCACUCUCAAUGGUAAUUGUUUCUUGUGUUAUAUGAAGUAUUCAUUUCCUGCAUUUUUGGCUUUUAGUUCAUCUGACAAGAACGUUAAUGUGAGCUUCUUUAUUGUGUGAUGUUUGUUCAUCCAUCUGUUAAAUUACAUUUAAAAGUCUCCUCUUUACCAAAUUAUCUGUGAAGCAGAAAUAUUGUUAUUCGACAGAGCUCCUGGAUUUCUGAUCUUAAACAUGACUGGCAUUGUUACAUAAAUCAUUGAGACAUACUUAAGACAAUAUUUGGAAAUUGUUCAUCUGUCUGUUAUGACCGUUAUCAUCUAACACUAUAAAUAGUCAAUGUUUUUGUUCCAACAGUAAUUGCCAAUACAUAUAUACAUGCACAAAAUUUGAACUGAACUGUGCAGUAAAUAUGGCCAUGAUAUGCUUUCAAGGAAAUGUAAAUCUUCCUCCAUAUUUCUGUGAUAUGUGUUGUCUUGCUGCCAUUCCCAUCAUUGUCAGAAACUUUUAAAGUUUCCUCUGUGUUGAUUGUGAAUGAGCUACUGUGCCCAUCUACAUGUGUGGCCAGUAAUGGUUCAAGAAUCGCAACAAAUAGAUGUAGUGCAACAGGUAUUAGGCUUAAAGGUGGAAGAUCCAGUUUGUGUUUUUCUAUAUGCAUAUACAUGUUCUGAACCGAAACAGUUUGUAUACCAGUACAGGGAUGAUUUAUUUCUUAGAACCAUUUCAAUUUUACACUAAAGUCCAGACUGAUUGUCUUAUAAAUAUCAGCUCAGCAAUAUCUGGCCAAAGAAAUGAUGCUCUCAUUUCCAAAACUUGUUCUUUGAACAGUUUAUGUUCAUGAGAGUCAUACAUGCCUCCAUUCAUGUUGUCUGUACUGAUCACCCCCCUUUGAAUAUCAUUUGAGUAGUAUUGUGCAUCUGGAUUUGACUAGAAAUAAUCUUUUUAAGAAAUUUGGAUUUUGCACCUUACGGUAAUUGUUGAUAUCAUAGGUAUGUACCAAAACAAUGUCUUGAAUUAUCUCCUUAAUAUGCUGUCAGAUGGGAUACUAGUAUACAUACUGUAAACUGAUGGAGGUGAAGUGAUUGAUGAGGAUCCUCAUUUCUAUUCUUGAUAUUAAGUAUUUGUUGCAAACUCUGCUGUAUAUUAUACCUUCAUCAAAUAAAUACAAAAAUCAGU